CUUUAUGUAACACUUUAUAGCCUGACAUGACUUUCCAACUGUUUGAGGUUGAUGCUAUAGCAGCUAAUGUGCCCACUUUAAUUAUCCAGCAUGUCAAGUGCUGAUAUUUAUGGUCCUCACUUACAGGAAGCAGAGUGUGAGGGAAAUUAAUGUGAUGAUUAAAAUUCACUCGGUAAGCGAGGGACUGGAAAAACACUCCAAUCAUUAAGCAUUAAUGCAGGUGUUCACCCAAAAAUUAUAUCACUUUGAAGUCAUUACAAACCUGUAUGUUUUGUGGAACACAAAUUGAGAUGUAAACCCAGGAUUCCAAGAAAUGAGUCAGAAUUGCAAGAUAUAAACCUGAAAUUUUGAGAAAAAAGUCGGAAUUGCGAGAUGUUGACUAUAUAGAUAUAAACUCAGAAUAGAGAAAUAAAAUCAGAAUUGUGGGUUGUAAACUCAAAAUUAGUCAGAAUUGAGAGAUGUUAAUUCAUAAUUGCAAGAUAUAAACUCAAAAUUGGGAGAAAUACAGUCAGAAUUGCGAGAUGUAAACUUGGAAUUGCUAGAAAAAAAUGUGAGAUGUUAUGUCUUACAAUUAUGUCUCACUCAGUUGUGAUAAAUAAAGUCCAAAUUGUGUGUUAUGAACUCAGAAUUGUGAGAUGUUAACUUAAAAUAGCGAGAUAUAAAUUCAGAGUUGUGAGAUAAAAAGUCACUAUUACCUUUUUAAUUGUUUUAUUCCGUGGUGGAAACAGGCUUCCAUAUGAAAGUAAAUAUUGAAUAUUAUAUCCUGUACCUAAAAUUUGUUGUUAUAGAACCAGUUGUCAUAAUAGCCUUAAGAGAUGCUGUGUCCUGACGGUGUUUAAUGAAUGAGAUCAAAGAUGUGUGUUGUUGAUGUGCGUCUGGAUUUGCUGUGUCACGGUGCCGUGUUCACGACCGAGUGCUGAAUCAUGCCCCUCUUUCCAACGUGUCCUCUACGUACUGGCAAGCGGUAGAGUGGUGAGUAAUCGAACAACGCUGCUUUUACAACCCCAUGGGUUCUCAAUCUGUCUCUUUGUCUCUCGUACACACUCUUGUUCAAUCUCGAUCUAUCUUUUCCUCUCCUCUUUUCCUUUCCCCCCUCUCGUCCGUGUGCCAAGCACUCAGCCCAUUCACAGCUGAUAAGACAGGUUCAGUCAGAGGAAACAUUAGCAGAGAGCAGGACAGGGGGACAUACGCAAGACUCUGAGCAGAUGAAACGGUUGAUGGGAAGUAAUAAGGGUUAGACGAGUGACUGUUCGAGGGCCUGAUGCACCGGUGAGGAGGGGGUCUAAAGGACUGCCCACUGGAACGAGUGGAAAUAAAGCCUCAACAUGUGUUUCUGUCACGUUCUGGACCCGUUAGACCAGGCCUGAUGACGGAGAGGAGUUUAAAUCGACGCUGAUACGGACAGGACCGUUUGUCAUGUGAGUCACGACUCACAGAGAAGCCGCGCUCUGGAGAACGUAGUGUUCGCGUACAUGGACGUUCCAGCGACCUACCAGUGAAAAAAGAGGCAGCUUGGGAAUUAUUGUAGCAGUCUUCAAGCGACAGCCGUAGAGAACAACUAGAUACUUCAUUUCAUCAGGCAUAAGGCAAGUCUCGAAGUUUUUCAAGAAGUGGAUUUUGGCGUUCAGAGAACCAACUCAGCUGAGACUUUUAUGAAUGUGAAGGUUCUUGUUGGAUUUUGCUCGAAAACCCACGUGGCAUUGAUAGAUGAAUGAAUGACAUCUUCAAGAAGAACUGAAAUAUAUACUGCGUGCUUCAGCCAACUUUUUGGGCCUUUGCUAUCGUGGGACAAUCUGAAGAUACUAAAUAACCUCAUCGUUUAAUCUUAAGAACAUCCUGUUUUCUGAGUCAGCAUAUUAUUAUUGUUCUUCCCAACCUGUUUGUCUUGAGCUUCUUAUUUAGUUUCGAGACAUUAUGAAAGGAACAUUCAGCCAUCUAGGAGGGUGUUAAAGGCUUCCAGGAACCCUUGUCGUUCUCAGCUGUGGCCCUCACCAUUGGGGAAUGGGGUAACAGAGAUGGUGGUCACUCAGUUAGAGCUGGAGCUCUGUUAUCAGGGGAAGAAGCUCAGAGGUUUCACCUGCAAGCUCACUCGUUCGGCUCAUGGGUUCUUGCCGGAGAGCUCAUAUAUCAUCGCUGCGCAGAUCCUACUGCCUUAUCUGCUGGGCGGACUGGGGAUGGUGGCGGCCGGUAUCGUUAUGGACAUUGUCCAACAUUGGGAUGUGUUUAAAGUGAUCACAGAGGUGUUCAUCCUGGUACCUGCUCUGGUCGGGCUCAAAGGAAACUUGGAGAUGACUCUAGCAUCUCGUCUCUCUACUGCUGCUAACACCGGACAGAUGGAUGAUCCCAAACAGCAGUGGCUGAUGCUGACCUGUAAUCUUGCUCUCAUUCAGGUUCAGGCCACUGUGGUGGGCUUCCUGGCAGCUCUUGCGGCCGUAGGUCUUGGUGCUCUGUCCAGAGGGGGUGUAGAGCUGGACCAGGCGGCUGUCCUGUGUGCUAGCAGCGUUACAACCGCAUUUGUGGCUGCUCUGUCCUUAGGUCUGGUGAUGAUUGGUGUGAUCAUUGGCUCCAGGAAAGUGGGCAUCAACCCUGAUAAUGUGGCCACACCGAUAGCAGCUAGUCUGGGAGAUCUCAUCACUCUUUCUCUGUUGGCUGGAGUCAGCAGCACACUGUUCCAGUACAGAGAUGUGUGGUACUUGUCCCCGUUGGUGUGUGUCUUCUUCCUGCUGCUCAUUCCUGUCUGGGUGCUCAUCGCUAGACGGAGUCCACAGAUUAAAGAGAUUCUGAAGUCCGGCUGGCAGCCUGUUAUAGUGGCCAUGUCCAUCAGCAGUUUCGGAGGCCUUAUUCUUGACAAGACUGUGAGCGACCCGAACUUUGAGGGCAUGGCGGUCUUCACACCAGUCAUAAACGGUGUGGGGGGGAAUCUGGUGGCCAUCCAGGCCAGUCGGAUCUCCACCUACCUUCAUUUCUGGAGUGUACCUGGAGUCCUGCCCUAUAAGAUGAGACAGCACUGGCCCAACCCCUGUGCCACGUUCUUCUCCUCAGGUGUGAACUCUAAGUCAGCGCGGGUGCUGUUCCUCUUGGUGGUUCCAGGUCAUCUGUUGUUUCUUUUUGCCAUUAAUAUGCUCCAAGGAGGCCACACUGCCAUCACACCAGCAUUUAUCUGCUGCUACCUGGGUGCUGCUCUGCUUCAGGUUGGGAUCCUAAUUUAUACAGCAGACCUGAUUGUGCGUUUGAUGUGGAGGAAAGGUCUGGACCCGGAUAACUUCUCCAUCCCAUACCUGACUGCGCUGGGAGACCUGUUGGGCACAGGUUUCCUGGCCCUGUGUUUCCGUUUCGUCAUGUUAGUGGAGGGGCUCGGCUUGUAAAAUGCUAGAUGCCUCCUCCUUUACCCACUCCCACCUCCAGCUCCCGGUUCACGGGACCUUCGCUGCCCAGGUUGGCUACAGUGGCUUUGGAGAUGUGAACUUGUCUGUAGGAAGCUAAAGACAGAGUAUCAGCCACAUUGUUUUUGUGCUUACAGGAUAGGUUGACUAGAAAUAUGAAAACCAUCGGCAGGUAUGGACUUAUUACCUGACAGUCUGUUAUAUGAUUAUACUCUUGGUGUGUUGUCCUGUUGCCUCAGUGAUGCUGCUUUCAUACACACUAGUCACCUGAUUACUGUAUAUUAAGGUAUAACUUUAGGUGCAGGUGUUACAAAUUUUUAUGUGCCAUGUAUAAAUUGAAUUUGAAGUUUACAAGAUUUAAGACCUUGAAGGAUUCUGGGAUGUUUGUUUGAUUUUUUUUUUUUUGUCAAAUAUUGUUUUUGAAUAUAUGAUUUAGGAUUGAUUUGAAAGAAAAUGGGUAAGUCUCAAAACUUUGACGGUCAUUCCUUUGCUGUUUUAGUAACUACAUACAAGGUCAUAAUUGCUGCUAGAUAUUUUUACUGGAUACUAUAUCUCAUAUACAGAGGGUCUAACGUACCUCUCAGUUUGUAAUUUAUUUGCACCUGAAUUUUUUUUUUCUCUCUCAAAAUACCACACUUUGGAAAAAGGCAAAAUCUUAUAAUGAAUGUAACUGUUUGUUCACUUGAAUGAAUUGAUGACAAUUAUAUUGUUCAUGUGGCAGUUUUAUUCAACACAUUUGUAAUAUCUUCACUCUGAAUUAUAAUUAACCUUAAUCACAUGAUUUUUCUACAGUUGAGUGUUGUGGUCCCUAAAACAGUAAAAAACAAACAAACAAACAAACAAACAAAAAACAUUUGUCCAAGUUUCACUGUCGUACCAGAGGCAGUUUAACUUUAUAAUUAAAUGUAAAAAAAAUGAAAGCACAUGAAAUAAUCACUGUUGGUUGAUGUAUUCCCUGUUGUCCACUGAAAAAAAAAAAAAAAAAAAAAAUCGAAAA